ACAAAAGUGGAGUAGGUAUAAUCAUCCUCCACAACUUGGAGGAGCUCGUUUCUUCAGUGGGCAAAAGUGUAGGCAUCUGUGUCUGCAUAAGACGGAAUCUCUGCCGAAUUCGACAGUGGAAGACGUAGACCCUGACCACACAACGCAGGAGAACUCGACAAAAGAGCAACAUGUCCCUGUGAUGGUGAACGAAGUCCUGCAAGCCCUGCAGCCAUCUGAUGGCCAGGUAAUUGUUGACAUGACGUUUGGAGCAGGGGGACACGCCAAAGAAAUUCUGAGCUCCUCCUCGUCAAUCAAGUACAUCGGGUCGGACAGAGACCCUCUCGCUCGCAGACUGGCCAACAGACUGGCGGCCCAGCACAGAGCAAGUGGAAAUGAACUGAUUCCUGUCCUGGGCCGGUUCUCCGAGCUGCCGACUCACCUGAGUCACCUGGGAAUCACGCCGGGAUCUGUCGAUGGCUUCCUGUUUGAUCUGGGGGCUUCCUCCAUGCAGUUUGAUCACGCGGUCCGAGGGUUCUCCAUCAGCAAGGACGGGCCGCUGGACAUGAGGAUGGAUGGACACAGAUUUCCCGAGAGCCCGACGGCGGCAGACGUGGUCAAUACCCUUGACCCGAGUGACCUUGCUCACAUCCUCAAAAAGUACGGGGAGGAGUCUCGAGCGAGGGAGAUAGCCCAUGCCCUUGUGGAGGCUCGCUACGCCUUUGGGAACUUCACUCGCACGGAGCAGCUGGCCAGGGUGGUCAAGAGUGUGUUUAACAGCAAAGCGUUCCGCCAUGACAAGCUAUACCGUCAAGCCCACGUGGCCACAAAGACGUUCCAAGCUCUCCGGAUAUUCGUCAACAACGAGCUCAACGAACUUCACAACGGCCUUGAAGUGGCUCGACAUUUCCUCAAGCCGGGCGGCCGCUGCGUGGUCAUCUCGUUCCACUCCCUGGAGGACCGGAUCGUCAAGCGACACUUUCACGGCAUCGACGUGGAUCAAGCGGCGAACCUCACCAUCCACGACCAUUUCCGCAACGCUAAUGUCAGCUUCGAUGUGGACACGAUAAAACAGGACUACAUGAGCCGGCCGUGGCGACCCCUGUCCAGAAAGGUCACGGAGCCCUUGGAUGAGGAAUGUUAUCGCAACCCUCGAGCUAGAUCUGCCAAGCUGAGAGCAGCUGUUAAAGAAAAUUACAUUGUAGCAGAAGAGCAGAUCAAGUAAUUGUUAUUUAUAAUACUAUGAUUAUGUGAAGUUGUGUUUUUUAAUCUCAUCGCUCUGAAUAUUGUGUCUUUUGAUUGGAGCUGCUUUCAGUGUCUUUUCUGUUUCUUGUAUUUGUGCAGCUGUGUGUUCAGAAGUACUGAAUAAAAGAUGUAUUAAAAAUUUCACCUGUUAUGAACAAC